UUUUCGUGACGUGGAUUAGGUGCCCGGCAAACGUGAUAAAUGAAGGGCUGCCUCAAAUCACCAGUAACUCCCUGAACUCUGGUCACUUGCGCUGCUGGACAGGGAGACUUUUGAGACGACAACAGGACAGAACAAAUCCGUGGAUUUCUGCAACCCAGAGUGGGCAUAAGGAAUUGAUGGGCUCAAUAAAGGCUUUGCUAGGGCCUAAGAAAAUCGGAAGUGGGGAGUUUUGGGGGAGCUGAUACUGGAGAGAGCCGCUUGAAGAGAGGAGAAAGGGGCCCGGGAAAGGUGCUUUGCAAAGCUGGGAGCCAGGGAACAAGCACCGCGUGAUUCCCGAAGCACACAGCAAAAAACAGCAACAAAAUCAAGGAAGGAGUGGGGCCAGAGAGAUAGCACAGCAGGGCCACACCCAGUGAUGGUUACUCAGGGGUUACUCCUGGCUCCACACUAAGGAAUUACUCCCAGCCACGCUCAGGGGACCAAAUGAGAUACUGGGAAUUGAACCCAGGUCAGCUGCGUGCAAGGCAAUUCACCUGGUACACAAAUGUGAGUCCCCUACCUGGACUGAAAUUGCUAGAUUGAAAAGGAAUUUCUUCACAUGGCUUCGGAAGGAGUGACCAUUACAGUCCGCCUCAUUCGUUCCUUUGAGCAUCGAAACUUCAAGCCUGUAGUUUAUCACAAAGUUAAUUUGGACCAAACUGUAAAGGAAUUUAUAGUCUUUCUUAAGCAAGAUGUGCCUGUAAGGACCAGCCUGCCACCUCCAUUCAGAAGUUAUAAAUAUGAUAAACUAAAGAUUAUUCAUCAAGCACAUAAAUCAAAGACAAAUGAACUGGUGUUGAGUUUGGAAGAUGAUGACAGGCUCCUGCUCAAAGAAGACAGCACCCUGAAAGCUGCUGGAAUUGCCAAUGAAACCGAAAUUGCAUUCUUCUGUGAAGAAGAUUAUAGGAACUACAAAGCUAAUCCCAGUUCAUCCUGGUGAAAACCUCAUGGGCUUCCCUUUUGCAUACCUGUAUUAAGCUCUUUAUUCCACUGUGAGUUUUUGAGAUUGACAAAUAAAUUUACAAAAUUAA